CUUAUGGUGACAGGACUUUGGAUGUCCCGGACGGCUGUUAUUAUCAUAUUUCUGUGCCUUAUAAUGAAGCUGAGUGCAGAGGAAUGCACCAACGCAAGACUGGAGGUCAGCCCCGGCACGGUCAUCCACCUGGGUACCGCUGUCAACCUCACAUGUACCAUCCACCGCAAUAAAGGAUGCUCCAGUAGGAGUGCAAAAAUCAGUAACGAGAAGAACACUUCACAAGAAUGGCGCAACGAAAACGCAGAUUCAGUCAGCGUUAGAAAUCUCAGUCUUCCUCUGGGAAAGACAGAAUUCCGCUGCUGGAACUGCAAGUUAGUCUGCGGGACGGACAUAUGUGUUGGACUGCCUCCAGAUCAGCCACGGUUUGACACGUGUGAGCAGGAAGGAGAAUUUGGCAGACUCUCCUGCCGGUGGGAAAGGGGGAGAAAGACAGCGAUUGACACAAACUGCACCUUACAGUUACGGCAGACAGAGCAUAACAGGACCAUAUCUAGGAACUGCAGCACCUCAGGACCCCCGACUCUGACACUGCCUGUCUCUGUGGUGCGUGGGGCUCAAUACACAGCUCAGAUGCAGACGUCUAAUGAACUAGGAACCAGUUUGUCUCUGCCCUAUACGUUCACAUACUUCGAUGUUGUGAAACCUUUUCCACCAACGAAUAUGACACUAAACUGUCACCAGACGUCAAAUAACUGUACUGUGACCGUCCGUACCGCCCAGGACGUAGAACACUUCCAACUACGGUACCGCGCCACUGGGGAGACUGUUUGGAAGAAGGUGGAAUUCCAGAAUAACAGAACCAUCACUCUGCGCAGUCUACACGCAGCAACGCAGUACCAGCUCGAGGCAGCCUGCAAAUACCUGACUGACAGAGGGAAGUGGAGUGACUGGAGCCAGCCUGUGAUGGCCGUAACCCCAGAGGAUGCUCCACGCGGGAAGAUAGAACUAUGGUACAAACUACACAACAUCCGCGACAAGUCACAGACAAUUACACUUUUCUGGAAGUACCUGAAUGUAUCAGAGGUCAGGGGUCACAUCCAGGUCUACCGAGUAAUAUUUCAGCGAGGGAAUGAGCUUGGUGCAGCGCACAGUGACACCACCACCACCACACAGCUGACCAGAGAUAUUGACACAACAGACUACGUCAUAUCUGUGUCGGCACACAACUCUAGAGGAAGCUCCCAGCCCACCUACACCACAGUGACCGCCCAGGACAUCUCAGGUUUACUGGGACCCACGAAUGCCAUCGCCACCUCCCGUGGCCCAGGGAACAGUCUGACCCUCACCUGGGACCUGCAGACAGGAAAUGAAUCGUUGGCUGGGGAUCAGAUAGUAGAAUGGGAGGAACCUACAGGAACAGAUCACAGUCAAACCAAUUGGAUUAAAGUCCCCAAGCACAAUAGAUCAGUGACAAUAUCAGGUCUUUUGCAGCCCUAUGUCUGUUACCAGUUCCGUGUCUACUUGCUGCGGGCGGGAAAAGCUGGGGUUCCUUCAGUCACAACGGGCGCAACGCAACAGAAAGCUCCUCUGACCGCUCCUGUAUUCAAUUAUAAAGUUCAGAGAGAUAAAUCCAUACUGGUCACUUGGAAAGAAAUCUCCCCAGACCAGCAGAUGGGAUGUAUCACCCGAUACAGCAUAUACCUGCGCCACCUGUCCUCACAGGCUACCCAAGAGUUUCAGAUAUUCUCCAAUCGGUCAACCUUUCAUCAAUAUGAGAUUCGUAAGAUUGAGGAAAACGUCCAGUAUAUUAUAUGGAUGACCUGUGCCAAUGAUGCUGGGGAAAGCCCUAGUAGCACUCUUGUAGGACGAUUUAUUCUCCCGCAGGAAGGGACCCAAUCAGAGUUCGUGAUCAUAAUACCCUUCAUAUUAAUACUCUUUUUGUGCUGCGUACCAUCCAUAAAACAAAGGAUGGGAAUCUUCCUAUCAGGAAUCUUACCCCAAUGGUGUGACAAAACUGUCCCUGACCCGGCUAAUUGCGAGUGGGCCAAGGAGUACAUCUCUACGAAGGAUAAAAUGGGGAUUCUUCCCACCCAUCCAUCUGGCUGUUCCAACUAUGACGAGACUGAGACAUUGGAAAUAGAAGAGAUGGUCAGUGAAGAUGCGGAAGCUGAACUUCCCCUCUCGCCAGUUAUAAUUAAUGGGGGCAAGAUUGAUAUAAGUGAUAUCAGACCAGCGGGGAGCCGAAUAAACCUGCAGAAUGAUUUGGAAGCUCUCACACCUAUCCUGACCCUACAACCCGAAGAGCACAGCCGAUACAAACCAAUAGAACCUCCUCAACCACUUAUAACUGGUACCCCAUCGGACUACUUGGUCAACGAUAAUAUUAAAGUAGACUAUCUGCCAACAAACAUGUUAAAUAUGACCAUGGUUGAUGAGGAGGAGGAUGAAGAAACGUUCCUUCACCAAUUCUCCGUACCAUCAUGGAUUACCACCGGCCGGACAAUUAGGCUGGACACUGUACAAAUCAACUUUCCUUAUGCUGUAUAGUCUUCCUUGGGCGCGUCUUCCCAUACACUUCAGCAGAUGACGUAGGGAUUCAGGAAGAUGGUUUCCAAGCCUACAAGGCUUUCCUGUAUCAGCAAAUAUUUAGAACAUAACCACUGAAAUCAGUCUGGGACCUGCUAUAAACAACGUAACUAAGUAUUACCUCCUGUAUCAGAUGUGUAUGUGCAUCACAGUUUUUGAAAAAGCCACUAUAGACUUACCUUGCUCAAUAUCAUUCAAAUAUAAGAACACACACACACACACACACACACACACACACACACACACACACACACACACCAGGGGUGUGGUAUGUUAGAUAGACUAGACUUAGGCCGACAGUGUCUAGGUCGACCACUAUUGGUCAACAGUAAGUAGGUCGACAUGGUUUCUAGGUCGACAUGUACUAGGUCGACAUAAGGUUUCCCCCCCCACUUUUUUUGGUGUCGUUUUCUCCGUACAAUGACGGGGAACCCCAAUUAGUGCACCGUGUCCCCUCGCAUGGCGAGCGAACUUCAGGCAAGGUGCCUCGCUCACAGGUUACCGUUCCCAAUUGUAGUCCAUGUGGAUCGUAAAGUAUGAAAAUGUUCAAAAAAUGAAGAAAAAAAAUGUGAAAAACUCAUGUCGAACUUUUGUCAUGUCGACUUAGAGUUCCUGUCGACCUACUUACUGUCGACCAAUUGUGGUCGACCUAGACAUUGUCGACCUAAAGACCGGAUACCCAAUGCAGAUAUUUACCAGGAAUGGACAAUUGCACCUAACGUAUCCCCAGAUAGAUUUCCUGUACUCAAGACUGUCAGGGAAAGUUCCACAGUUACCAAGAGACUACUACUUUGAAUUUGUCAGCUGAUGAGCCACCCUGCAUACUAGAACAAGUGUAGGUAAUUCCUAAACUGUUUGUGGCAGGAUGUCUUAGCAGUGAAGGCAAGCCUCUCAUUCUAUGAGCAGUAAUUCCACCUAGUGGUUGUUUAAAGGGUCAGUAUAUUAUAUAAAUACUAUUAUAUCUACCUGUACAUCUUAUAAAUGUCUGAUUGCGAUAAACUCCCAAAUCACUGAACCGAUUGUAAUGCGGUUUUCACCAUUGCGUAGGUAAUUCUCACAGGCUACGUAUCUCCACAAUCGGUUGUCAGGGAGCUGUGGGCGUGGGUUCCAUGGGGACGGGUUCCUGCAUUGCUCUGGGCAAGUCGGCAGCUACAGGCAUACGCGACACAAUAUCGACCGAUCAGAACAUGGCGGCACGUGUACUGCGUCCCGUGAUAGACUUAUAAGCGUUGUUAAUUGGUACUUCUUUGGCCUAACAUCUAUAAAUGUAGGUCAAAGAGCUAUCAAAUUUUUUUUUUAACUGUUUCGUUUUUGAGAUUUCACAAUGACUAGAAGAAAAUCUUCCUUUGGUUG